AAAAAUCACUCACUCUCUCUCUGUCUCACAACACAAACUCUGCAAUUCAUCAAACCCUAGCAAUCUCUCUCUCUCUCUCUCUCUCUGUCUCUCUCUCUCUCUCACGCUCGCUCGCUAUCUGCCUAAUCUCGGUCUCCAAUUUCCUGCGAAUUUCGGUGAUGGCUGACGGAAAGCUCGAUCUGCCGGACGAUCUCCUCUCUUCUAAGACGCUCGAUCAAGACCGCUCCGUCAAAGAUGAAGCUUGGGGAGGAACUAGUGAGGAGAAGUCCCUGAUGGGGUUACUUGAUGAGUCAAAAGAUCAAGUAACUCCAGAGAACAGCAUACCGCUGUCUCCACAGUGGCUCUAUGCUAAACCAGUUGAUCCUAAGACAUUGACUACAGGAGGGGAAAUGCGUGCACCAAAUUCAUUGCCUCAGGGAAACACAACUGAUACUAAUUUAAAAGACAGUUGGCGUUUAGAUGGAUCUCAAGACAAGAAAGACUGGAGGAAGACUGUGCCUGAUAUUGAAAGCAGUCGCCGCUGGCGUGAAGAGGAGAGAGAAACAGGCAUACUUGGUAGAAGAGAUCGCAGAAAAGAAGAUCGUCGUGCAGAUGUCACCUCAUCUAGGGAUAUAUCUGAAACUAGAGCUUUGUCUUCUGCAGAUCGUUGGCAUGAUCCUAGUAACCGUACUUCUGGCCAUGAAUCCCGGAGAGACAGCAAGUGGUCUUCAAGGUGGGGUCCCGAAGAUAAAGAGAAGGAUUCUCGAACUGAAAAGAGGACAGAAGCUGAGAAGGAAGAUACUCAGAUUGACAGACAAUCUUUUGUCAGUGGCAAUCGCACCACUUCCGAGCGUGACAAUGACUCCCGUGAUAAGUGGAGGCCACGUCAUCGCAUGGAAGUUCAUGCAGGUGGGUCGGCUGCAUACCGCUCUGCACCAGGAUUUGGGUUGGAGCGGGGACGGGUAGAAAGCUCAAAUGUUCGAUUUGCUCCUGGACGUGGUAGGUCUACUAUCAAUGGAAGCCAACAAAUAGGCAGGCCUCCCUCUGUAUCUGUUAUUGGCUCCGUUCCUGUAAAUAAAUUAUCUGGCUCCUCAGCUGUAUAUUGUUAUCCUAGAGGAAAGCUUCUUGACAUUUAUCGUAAAGAAAAAACACUUCUGAAUUUUGAUUCCGUAGCUGAUGAGAUGGACCAUGUAUCACCAAUAACACAAGUAGCCUCCAUUGAGCCCUUGGCUUUUGUUGCUCCUGAUGCAGAGGAAGAGGCUAUUCUUGGGGAUAUAUGGAAAGGAAGAAUUAGAAGCAGUGAAGUAUUACAGAACUCUAAUAGGGACAAAAGUGUGGCAUCAAGUGUUAAUACUACAGGAUUUGGUGACACAACUAUCGGCGAGGGUAAACAGAGUUCUUCAGUUAAUACUGAAGGAACUGUUGAAUCUUUGGAAAAAACUGGUGUAAAUAAUUCUGGUCAAGGUAAUGGUGCCGAGGCAUUAAGCUCAUCUGGUUCCCAUGUUGCCAAGGAAAGGGGUGGUUUUAAAGAAGGUGAAGGUAUUAGGUCAGGUGCAACUGAUGUCAUGCAUGAUAGCUUGAUACCUUCAGUUUUGAAGGGAAACGAUACAUGUGGUGCUGGAGAGACUACCGACUCCAGUAACAGUGUUAAUGAAGUGAAAUUUGUUGAAAACCAACGAGCAGAUGAUUUGAUUCUCACAAAGCACCCUAAAUUGGAAGAUAUUAAAUCAGCUGCUUCUUUUGAAGUCGGUAACCAGCUUCCCGAUGAUUCAAAUUCUCUAUUUGAUUUUGCAUCUCUGCAACAAACUGCAAACAGGGAUCAGCUUCAUCAAAAAAGCAAUAACAGUGCACAUCCAUCAGAUGUUGGUGUAUCACUAGAGGAUUUAAAUUUGUUCUAUCUUGAUCCUCAAGGAGUAAUUCAGGGACCAUACAUGGGGAUUGACAUCAUUAUGUGGUUUGAGCAAGGUUAUUUUGGAACUGAUUUACCUGUUCGAUUGUCAAAUGCCCCUGCUGGAUCAGCUUUUCAAGAACUUGGUGUACUCAUGCCGCAUCUGAAAGUUAAAUCUGGGUCCUCCAUAUGCAAUAAUCUGGUUACAACAUCACAGCUGUCUGAUACUGUUGUAGGCAGCUUGGAAGAGAGUGUAGGCUCUCCUGCUAGUGGACCUGAUUAUAAGGGGUCUGCUUUUGUAAAUAAUCAGCUGUGGGUUUCAACUGGUUUUGAGGCUACUUCAGGUAUUGAUUUUAGAUCAGGAGUGCCUAAUCAUGAACAUCAGUCUGAGCCCCAUCUUCCUGACAAUCAAAGCUUCCAAAAUUCUGUUGCUCAAGAUGAAGAAAUUGUCUUUCCUGGGAGACCUGGAAGCAGCAAUGCUAAUCAUAUGAGGAGAUCUGGUGCUGAUAUUCACAGUUCAUUUUCUAGUCCUGCUAGCCACCAUUCCCUUGUUAGUGAGUUUUCAGAAGCUAAUAUGCCUAGACAUCAGGAGGAUGAUAAGGUGCAUCCUUUUGGUCUGUUGAUGUCUGAGCUGAGAGAUAGCUCUCAUUUGAGGCGUUCUCAAUCAUCAAAUUUGGCUUCAAGCAUAGGUGACCAGGGUCAGUUCUUGGAUUCUUUUGACAGAGAUCCUACAAUUGUCAGCCAAAGCUCUUUGGGUACAUGGGCUGAUCAACCUGCUUUUGGGGAGAUGUGGCCUGAAGAUCAUAGAAGGAAUACAUUUUCAAAAUCCCACCCUCAUCAAGGUUCUAUAGAUGCGCAACAAUUAUUUCGUAGGGAGCAAGAAUUGAAUGGUUUUGAUGUAGCAGAGCACUUAAUGUUACAAAAGUUGCAAAAGGAACAACUUCAACAACAAAAUUAUUCUUCUCCUCAUCCUUUUUCAUAUACAAAUGAGUUGGGGAUGGAGCAAAUUCCUGGUUUUUCUCUUUCUCAGAGCAAGAAUCUGCAUCAACAGCAGUCGGCUCAUCCAGUAGCAGACAUGAAACAACUUUUGGAACUUAAGUUACAACAACAGAGACAUAUCGAGCUUCAACAACAGCAGCAUCUCGAGCUUCAACACCAACGGCAUAUUGAGCUUCAACACCAGCGGCAUCUUGAGCUUCAACACCAACGACAGUUUGAGCUUCAGCACCAGCGGCAGCUUGAGCUUCAACAACAGCGGCAGCUCAUGCUGCAACAACAGCGGCAACUUGAGCUUGAGCAACAGCGGCAGCUUGAGCUUGAGCAGCAGAGACAGCUUGAACUUCAACAACAGCAUCGCUUGCUGCAGCAGCAGCAGAUCCGUUUCAACCAAAUGAAGUUGCUGCAGCAGCAGCAGCAACAACAACAGCAACAGCAGUUACUUCUGGAACAAUUGUUGCAGCAUCAGAUGCCUGAUCCUGGUUAUGGACAGUUGAAGGUGGAACCUGUAAGAGAUAACAUGCUCGAUCAAGUUCAGUUAAGGAUGCAACUUCUACAUGAACUCCAACUGAAUUCUCAAGCAAGGCACCUCGAUCCAUCACUGGAGCAGAUCAUCCAAGCAAAGAUUGGUCAGAGUGCACUCCGGGGACAGCCAGCUGAUUUGUUGGACCUAAGAUCACAAGCGAAGCAUGUGAAUAUGCUUUCUUCAGAACAACAGCUUCAUUUCCAGCAAGAACAAUUGCGAGCACGUCAGUUAUCCAUGGCAUUGAGGCAGCAGUCAGGGCUGGAAGGGGAAGGGCGUAUAACUGGCCCAUGGUCGGUUGAUGAGGCUGGUCAGCUUGCCAGGAGUCCGUCUGGUCAUCACCAAGCUCAUUCAGCAGGUUUUAGUGCUUCAGAUUUUUACCAGCAACAGCAGAGGCUUUCUUCGCAUGAGGAGCAAUUCAACCACCAUAACUGGAAUCAUGCUUUACAGGAACGACAUCAGAGAGGGUCAUUUGAGCCUAGCUCUAUGGCAUUGGAUAGGUCAUUGUCUGUUCCUCCUGCUGUCACUCCUGGAAGGAAUUUAGAUAAUAUAAAUGCACGAGCUCAAGGUCUAGAUUUUCCAGAUCAACAUCUCUAUAUGCACUCAACUGGUCAGCUGAGUUCCUUUUCUUCUGGCAUCCCCUCACACUCCCAACAAAUCUCUGAUGAAUUUUAUGCUACUCAUCCAGAUAUGAAAGAGAGCCACUCUGGGAACAAUAUGCUGCAGGAAAAUAGCUGGAUUGAAAAACAGAUGCAACAAUUGAACCUUAAAGGUGAUAGACAACGACAAGACUCAGAAGUUAAUAUGACUUCUGUGGAUACAAGUUUGUGGACAUCCACUGGCGGUGAUAGGGAGAACUCAGAGCGAGUUUUAAUGGAUCUUAUCCGGCAAAAUUCGGGUCUUCAAUCUGUGCAGUCCUCAGAAAUUGGUUACCAACAUAAAACCCGGGAAGCCUUUUGGCCAGUUUCUGAGACGCAGUCGUCAAAUCUUCCUUUUAAUCUUCUCCCAGGUCAAGAAGUCAUUGUGAGCAGCUCCUUUGUGGAAGGGCCUCAAAAUUCCAAUUCAAGUGCACAAUUCAAGCAUUCAGGGAAUGGUGAAAGAUUAAUCAUAAGAUCUAAUUCUGGAGCACUAUUAGAACAGCCAUUCUUGUCCAGCAGCAUAGAACAUUCGAGCCCCAUUGGUAAAUCAACUUUAGAUAAGGACUUCUUAGAGCUGGAAGGACCUAAGGGGAAGAGGCAUGGGUCCAAAGGCAUGGGCAUGUCAAUUUCAGAGAUCAAAGACAACUCGGUGGAGCAAGCAGAAAACUCUCUGGAUUAUGGAGAGCUACCAAUUAAUGCCCACAGUAGGCAUAGUUCUUUAAGUAGUGUUGGUGGAAAUGGAGGCUUAUACAAUUAUGAAAUAGGGCUAGACAAGUCACUUGGAGAAUUUUCAAAUGAAAGGCUUCCCUCUAUAUUACCCAAAGGGCUUGACACUGACUUGAGCAAACACCAACUUCUAGCAAGAGCUUCAACUUCCCAGGAUGUGUUGCCUGAGCCAACUUCUGCAGCUUUUGUCAAGCAGAAAAGUUCAAUAACCCUUGCAUCUGAUGAAGGGAAGCGGGAAUCUGUUGGUAAUCCUGUAGCGAAUCGGCUUCCUGAAACUCAAGCAUCCAGCAAGAAAGAUUUGCGUUUUAGGACAUCAUCUUUCAGUGAGGCUGCUGUUUCAGAGACAUCAUUCAUAGACAUGCUUAAGAAACCAGUUCUCCCAGAAGCUGAUCCAUUAAAUGGAGCGGCUUUGGAGUCAUCUGAUGUUGCUGCACCAGCUGGGCGAAGUGGCAAAAAGAAAGGGAAGAAAGGAAGACAGAUUGAUCCUGCUCUCCUUGGCUUCAAAGUUUCUAGCAACCGGAUCAUGAUGGGUGAGAUCCAGCGGCUUGAAGAUUGACCAAAACAAGUUGUACAUUGCGUGUAAAUUUUCUUCCACUUGUACAGUUGUUUUUAGAAUUCCUCAAUUUAUAUUUCUCAUGUUUUAGUUUUGAGAUGGAGCAAUUUAGUUUGGGAUACCUGUUUGCCAUUCACUAUGAAUAGUGUAAAUGAGGAAGUAAGGCAUUGGUGUGUGUAUGGAACAGAAAUUUUUUUGUAGGGAGAUCAUACAAUAAUGAAAGGAAUAAUCUCUUUUUAAUUCA